CCUCUCCACACUCUUGAGUAGUGGAGUACUAUAUAGAAGAGAAGGACGAAGAAUACGUUUUUAAAUGAGUAGUUUUAGUCUAAGGCUGAGGUUUGGGGUUUUGAACAGCUGACAGAAUACGAUGAUGGAGAUGAUUUUAUACGCAGCACUUAUAAUUGCGCUGACAAACCUCGCCUUGGGUAUAAUAAUAUGGUUUAGAGUGCGCAAGUUAUAUGCUUAUCCUGGGCUUCUGGGUUUCCCAGUUUUUGGAAACCUUUAUUACUUCUACAAAAAUCUCUUCUUAGGUUCAUUUGAGAGUAUACGAGUAUAUUUGUUUGAAAUUGUUAAACAACACGGAAAAAAUGGUAUAUGCUUCCAUAUUGCGUAUGGCUUCAGGAAGUUGGUAAUAAUUUCAAGUCCUCAAGUAGUCAAGCAACUAGGAUUCCAUCCACAUCUGAAGGACAAGCCUGUUUACGGGUUUCAAGGUUUUAGACGCUAUAUGAAUGGACCAUUUAGCAGACCUCGUUCAGAUGAUUCAUGGAAGAUGAGACGGAAGGAGUACAACUGCUUGUUGAAGAAAUCCAGUGUUGAAAAUAACUUUUAUUACAAUUUCUUGAAAUCUGCUGAUAAAAUGGUUGAGUUGAUGUUGAAGUCUCCAUCUGCUUUGGACAUCCACAGGGCAGUCUUAGGUGUUACACAAAGUGUUACUAUGGAAACUCUAUUUGGUGUUGAAAGCAGUUUGGCAUUUCAUCCCGAUGUCCUCCAAUACAUGCAUUCGAUAAAAGAUAUAGCAUCGCGCAUUAUAGCAAGUCCAGGAAUAGCAAGAACAAUAUUGUCCAUACUAAGACCCUACGAUGAAAUAUAUAUUCGAAAAAUAGGAACAUUACGGAGAAUGGUUUUGAAAGAGUUAUACAGAAAGAUGAAUAAUAACCAAUGUUUUCCUUCAGAAAAUACACAAUCAUUUAAUCACUUACCAAUGUACAUUGCGUCAAGGACUGAGAAAAGUAAAAAAUUCAAUCGGAGAGUGGUAACUGAAUUGCAAGAAGUAUUCAUAACAUCUUCACAUACUGUUGCGUCUACAAUGUCAAGUACUAUCACUUGCUUAGCUGUGCUUCCUGAAAUACAAGAAAGAGCUUGGAAGGAACAAUAUGAAAUUUUUGGUGAUGAUAACAGGGAACCAACUCUCCAAGACCUUGAGCAGAUGACAUAUCUUGAAAGGUUCAUCAAAGAAUCUCUUAGAUUUUGUGGUCCUCCAUUGGUAGGAAAACAAGCAACUGACGAUAUUGAAGUCGAUGGAAUAACUAUACCUAAAGACACAAUUGUAGUUUACCUUUUGGAUUUUAUGAGAAAAGAUCCAAACUAUUGGAAAGAUCCCGAGUUAUUUAACCCUGACCGUUUUCUCGAGGGAGGUGAAGAGUUAAAAUAUUCCUUUGCACCGUUUGGAAUCGGUGUUCGAAAUUGUCCAGGUAUGACUUAUGCAAUGACAGAGAUGAAAAUUAUAUUAUCAAAAGUAUUGAGAAGAACAAAACUUUCAUUAGUUAAUAAAGAUCUAAAAUUUGAAGACCUUGAAUUCGAAGCUCAGAUUUUGAUGGAACUGAAAAACCCUCCUUUGUUACAAGUUGAGGAAAGAGUCUGAUAAUUAAUUAUUUAAUUUAAAUUUUUGUAUAUUUAUUUAUUUUAAAUGAUAAUUCUAUUUUCCCUUGUAGUAACUACAAAUUUUAUUAUCACUAAAAUCAUUAUUCAUAUUUAGUGUGUAUAUAAUGUAAAUAAUAUUAUUGUAUAAGAUAACAGACACAUCACCAUUAUCAUAUUGUACCAAAGAGAUAUAUACAUAAACAUGUGAACACCCAUAUGAAAAUAUUGUAAUUCUAUCCAUCAUUGUGACAAAUAUAUUCUAUAUACUGCAUAUGUUUUAAUGUAUAAAUAUUAUUGAAAAUAAAUAUACAGUACCAAACAAUCAUUUAUUUCAUCCAUAAUCUUAUGAUUAACUAUUUAUUCAUUAAAUUCGGUUUAUUUUGACACCAACAGAAUAAUCUCCUAAAUCCCUACUCCCAGUCUGGUCUAAUCAAAAUUUCCUAAGACCUACAUACAGUCCUAGAUCAGCAGAAACUAACCAUCCUUAUUCUCCUUGACUUCCCCAAAGCUUGUGGCUUGAAGGCGACUAUCUUAGUAUACCACAACAUCCUCUUAAAUAAACUUACAAAUAUCUUCUUUUCUCUUAGUGCUCCGAGUAUAUUAUAGUUCCAAAUAAUCCUUCAUCAGAGACUUUACCCUUGUCCAGAGGCGUCUCGUCUCACAAGGCUCCUCCUUAUCUCCCAUCCUUUUUUCCAUCUAUAUAAAUGACCUCCCAUAAUCUAUCCUGCACUGUCAAUACCACCUGUAUGCCGAUUACUUCCAAACUUGCCUCUACUCCAAUUCGACCUAUUCCUCUGAUGACAUCCUAAAACUCCAGGAAGAUAUUGACAGAAUAUGUGCUUGGGCAAACUUCAACAGGCUCACUCUAAAGGAUGAGAAGAUGAAAGCCAUCUUGAUUAGAUCCCCUCACAUCUCAAAUAUUUUCCGGUACCCCAAUCUUCUCCUGAACAACUCAACUAUCUCAUUCCAUACUUCCAUAAAAAACUUGGGUGUUACUUUUGAUCAAACCCUCUCCUAGAAACCACACAUUUCCCAAAUUUCUCAUCAUACUAUCUGCACCCUGAAACAGUUCAACCGUCUACGCUAUCUUCUUCCAUAUAUAUCCCGUCAACAGAGAGCUCUCGGGAGAAUUUGAAGCCAAACUUGAACACCUUAUGAAUUGCUCAAAACAUUUUGUUUUCGAAAUCUCAAGAAAUACGAAUAUUACUCAGUAUUACAUCGAGCUAAUGCGCCCCUAUCCAUCCUACCAAUGUCAGUACUUCCUAGCAACCUUCCUAUACCAGGUCAUUAGCACUGAACGACCCUGUCCCACAAGAUCUUGUACUUCUCACCUCUAUCCUUCCUAAACUGCUAUGUUUAUAUAGUUUGAGUUCCUAUGUAACUCAAGCUGUCUCUCUGGAAUCCUUUCCUUCCUGAUAUUCGACACGCAUAAUCAGUUUUCUCUUUCAAAUCUCUCUUCUUUAAACACCUAUUCAUUUCCCAAUCCGACUGAUUACGAAAUAUGCGUAAAAGGACUAUUUAAGUAUCUCCAAAGACUAUUUCUGUUUACUUAUGUAAUUUUAGUUUCCUAUGUUUAUUUUAUAUAUAUGAAUGCUUUUCUUUUUCCUCUCUCUCUUGCUUACUGUAUUUUUAUUUUAUUAAACUAUUAAGCAGCAAGUGUCAUGGCCACAAUUUCAGUAUAACUUUUAUGUCGCUCUGUUAUUGUUACUUUGUUAUCUGUAUAAUAGGUAAGACCCUGUGGUAAUACUUUACCAACAGUGAGUUUAUAAACAGUUGAACAUUUUUACCAUGACGAAUACAGGUGAAUUACGAUUUAUUAACAAUGAACAUGUGCUAAAUUGGUGCUCGUUUGGAUAGCCCAAGUGGCCGUUAAUUCCCUUGCCCUUUAAUUCUUAUCUUACUUACGUUAAGUUCAUGGCCAAGGUUUGAAUAUUAGCUCUCUCUUAUCAGCUGGUCUCAGUUCGAAACCAAAGACUUAUAGAAUUUUGUUUUUCCUCCCAGAGUUUUGUUUUAUUUUAUUUUUCUCAGAAUGUUUUGUUUUAUUUCUGUUUCUAUGUUUGUAAAUAGUUUAUUAUUUUUUAAACAAUUUAUGGUACUAGUUCACAAGAGUGUUGCACGGAUUACGCAUGGUUCACAAUCACUUCGGUCACACUUGUUCAUGGAAUCCCGAAAGCGUUCGGGUUUAUCCGAAAGAGAAGGAAGGCGACUGAUCUCUUGGGUCAGUUACUCUUAACUUACCCGCCAUUUAAGUACUUCUAUUUUUUUACAUAACACUAACAUAUAACCAAAAAGGUUCAGUCUUGUCUCAAAUGAACUCUUGUAUAAACAGAAUCAGCAAUCAGAUACUAUUUUAAUAGAGGCUUCAUUAAUGUAAUAAAAGUUUCUAAAAAUUAAGAAACCGCUAGACAUAAUUAUAUGACAUUUAGAAGAAACAGAACAUUCUCUGCUGUACAGGAGGUAUACAUGGAAGAUACUAUGCACUAGUUUUAGGAAUUCCUGUGACAAAUCAACCGCAAUAUAUCUAAAUUUUUUUCCAUUUCAUCUUGGUCACUGUUUUCAAAUAUGUAUUGCUUUCCUUCAAUAGGAUUCAAUUCAUUUGUUUCACAUUUUUUAACCAUAUUAUUGGUUGGAUUAGAAAAAUAUUGUGAUUCAACCAUUAUUUUUGCACUACUCCCAGAAACAUUAGUGGAUUUCGAUGGAUAAAUAAAGUCCUUAAAGUUUAAUUCUGAAACCCCUCCAUUUAGAUGAUCUCUCAACUUCUUAAGACCAACAUAAAAUGGUAAUUUGUCUGAUGGACUAGGAUAACAUGCAGAUCUAGCACUUGAGGAAGGCAUUACCCAAAUGUAAAUGUUAGUCCCUUCAAUAAAUUCAUGCUGAACACCAUAAUUAAAUUGUUUUUUACCAGAAAAUAUUUCAUAAAUUAUUUUCCCAUUAAAUACAGCUAUUUUCGGCCUAAACAUUUGCAAUUUCUUCAACAAAACUUUGCACCCCUCAACAAUCUCUUGUUUAUUCAAAUCGACACUACUUUUACUGGUCCUUUCAACUACAUUUGUAAAUCCUAUACCAAACUCAACCAGUUUAAAAUCAUCAUUGUAUGACAUUUCUUUAGCUGUUAAUCCAGAUGAGUUGAGGCAUUUCCAGAAGUGGUUGCUUGGCCCUGCAUAAUGAUGGCCUUUAUAAGCCGAGUUCAAACCAGGGUUUAUUCCAAUUAUGACAAUGUCUAGAUUUGGAGCUAAUAAAUCUGGAAGUGUUUUUGCUAAAAUUUCUUCUUCUGUAACUCCAUUGAAACAACUACGCUUCUUAAUCUUCUUACUUUUCACACCUGUUUUAUGAACAACGUUCAUUACUAAAAACAAGAAAAGUAAAUUUUCUAAUACAAUAUUCUGAAAUAAAAAUUAAAAUAAUAUAGAAACAAUCAAGAAACAAUAAGAACAAACAAAACUAUCAACUGUAAAUAUUUUU